AGUCUCUGGGAAGGCCAUCCCAAUUCCCAAACCCUAGCCGCCGGCGGCCGCACCACACAUCCCCGACCCACCGCCGUUGCCGCAGCCGCAGCUCGAUCGCGAGCGAGAGGGGCUAGCGGAAACCCCAGCAGCGUGAGGGCUAAGCUUCGCGGCGGAUUGGAGAUGACGCAGAAGCAGAGCCAGUUCAAGGGGCAGGGGAAGAAGAAGACCAUCCCUCCCAACCGCCAUGGCAAGGCGCCCCACGUCCGCAAAGGGAAGAGGGCCGUGAAGCCGACCAAGUUCACCAAGGACAUGGACGCCGAUAAGGAACUCACAAAAUUCAUCAACCAGUGCAACGAGAAGAAGGCUGCAAGUCUUGCCAGCAAAGAAGGCGGCGACCUCAGUAUACUCAAGGCGGACGUUGAUCCCUCCAAUUCAAACUAGGAAUCUGUGGCUACCUCUGCCUACGGCUAUGUGCUAUAGAAGAUGAGUGUGUGGAAUGGAUAUUAUGUUACAUUGCAUACUUGCAUUCUAGUAUUUCCCUGCAGAAAUGUAGUAAUUCUGUAUUUCUCUGAAGAAGGUUAUGCUUACUGCUAAAUGUUUACAAUCAAUCAACGGUUAAUACUGUAAAGUUCUCUUCUCAUACAUACAAAUAAUUAAGGCGAAA